AUGAAACUUCCUCCAGAGAUGUUACUUCGUAUCUUUUUCUGGGUCGAUCGACAGCACGAACUCGUCGUCGAUUCUGAUACCGAGGGGAGUGAGUCAAAAACGGCCCUCCCGCAGCCGCUGGCAUUCGUUUGUCGUCGAUGGCUCGAGGUCCUUUCCGACAACCGAUCAUACUGGAAGAACCUGCACGUCGUUAUCGACUGGCCCACCCUGGCCCCUCCCGUAAUAGAGACUUUCUUCUCAGAUUCAUCUAAAAACAAAUUCCAACUCCACGUCACCCUCAGCAACCCGACGUCUCGUGCUCUUACUCCCCCGCAAGAGCACGAACGGCUGACGUUCAUCAUGCAACACGCGUCGCAGCACUUCGACCGCGUCACCCUUCUGUCCAUCAACGUAGUCUAUCGCUCGUCCAUCGUCAAAAUCGGCCGCUUUCUGAAUCGUGCCGUCCUCCCCAACCUCACGCGCCUGGACCUCGUGUCCCAAGAGACGAACGACACGUCCGCAUUCGUGGAGUACGACUCCGACUCUACCGGGUGGUAUGGGGAAUGCGACGCCCACCCCGAGUUCCCCAAGCUGCGUGAACUCCAGAUCGAUGCGAGUAGCUUCUUUGACCUCUACCUCUGCGAUACGGAAUGGCCAUGCAACCAGUUCAAAUUGCGGCUCACAAAGUACGGAGCGGCGGCGGACACGGGCUCCAAGAACAUGACUGAGAACACAUCGGAUUUCGUUAACGCGCUGGGCAAGUUGAGCGAGGCGGUGGACACGUUUGACCUCGAGAUUGAAGACGUCUACAUUGCAACCUCUCCAGAUGAACGGAUGUACCCAGACUCCGAUUGUGAUACAGAAAUCGAAGGUGUAACUUCAGUCAAGCUCGUCAACGUUCAAGACCCAGGCUUUAUCUCGAUGCUUUUCAACUACAUGUCAGAGGCUCCCGAGUCGACCGUGCUCGAGAGAUGCGAGGUCGAUGAACACACUGUCGUGAAAGGCGAAGAACUGCGUCUUGUCGGCUUUCCCGGCCCGUCCAUGCUUCACAUAGUACGACGCUGGGAAGGCCUGAGGCUAUUCGUCAAGGACUGCCCGGGUUUUGAUGACGAGUUCAUUGCUGCCUUAUCGGGUACGGACACGGGCGAGGACGAUGUCAUUUGCCCCAACAUGGAAAGCCUUGAAAUCGAAGGGUGUUCCGGGUUUUCUGCCGGGAUGCUCAGACACAUGUGCGAGACACGCGACGAUAUUGAGCAGUUGACAGUAUAUGAUGGUCCGGAGCUCAAUGAAGAUCAGAGGGUGUGGUUCGAGGAGAAUGUUGACGAAUUUUACUGGUCUGAAGUGGAGGAGUAA